GACAUGAAGGUUCUUGUCCUCCUGAGUACGCUGGUAUUGUCGGUCGUCGCCGAGCCGCCAGCCGCCCGGUCGUACCUGCCUCCCAGCUCUGAGUAUGGACCUCCCUCGGCCUCCUCCCUCAGCUCUCAGUACGGUGCCCCAGCAGCCAACGGCCUCAGCACGCAGUAUGGAGCUCCUUCAGCCAAUGGUCCCAGCACGCAGUACGGCGCUUCUGCUCUGAGAGACGCUGCUUUUGGCCGCUCAGACACUUCCAGCCAGAGUCCAGCGGCUCGUGUCUCCUCCAGCUUUGGAAGGGCCUCCUCCAGGAGGUUUGGAGCCGGCAGGAGGAUCGUCGGUGGCCCCUCCACUCUCUAUGGCGCUCCUUUGGUAGCUGGGAGUGCCGCUGGCUUUGGAGAACUCGGUCUGUCCACACAGUAUGGUGCCCCUUCUUACUCUGGUGACGCGCUCUCCGCUCAGUACGGUGCGCCCUCUGGUAACGCUGGUGGCCUGUCUCCAGUCUAUGGAGUGCCCGGAUUCGGCUACGGCCGCGCUGGAGGGCAAGAAGAUUCUAUGGCCGAGCCGGCCAACUACGAGUUCAGCUACACGGUGCAGGACGCCGCCAGCUACAACGACUUCAGCCACCAAGAGACCCGGAAGGACGAGAACGCGCAGGGCGAGUACCGCGUGCUGCUGCCCGACGGCCGCGUGCAGGUCGUCUCGUACCGUGCAGACGAGGACGGCUACCACCCCACCAUCCAGUACGAGCAGACCGGAAGGGCCGCGCCCGCGCCAGCGCCGGGCUUCGGCAGCGACGGCUACCGGUACUAACUCGCAGGCCUGCCAACACACGUGCAGUGACUGCGGCACGGCCGGGCUGCCACCUGGCCUCCUUCCCUGAUUAUUUAUUUUCUUAUUUAUACAUUUAUUUUGUAUCGCUCUUGAACAAGUGCACGACGUUCGGAAAUUUAGUCAAGUUUUGUUUUACACCUCGCUACAUUGCCAGCUAAUGGAGCUAGAAGCUAUACGUGUACCAAGACGGUAUGGUCAUUUUGGUAUCAGAUGCGUGGUUGUGAUAAACAAAUAUAUAGCGCACUUAGCUACCUCCAAACUUGCCUGCUGUUAGAACACCUGUAAUUAAGACAGUAAUUCUAACUGGGUGAUCUUUAAUGUUAGAGAGUCAGUUUCUAUAUGAAGCCCCAUUACUCUUAAGAGCUAGGGACAGCAAUUUCAAAAUCGAAUUAUGGUUUUUCUGCAGCAGGUCGCAGACAUCCACGUAUACUUCCACCCCGCAAGUCCAUUGCUCAAGGUACAGACAGUAAUUAAUAUGUCCGCACUCACUGCUUUUAGUGUACUGUAGUAAAGAAAACGUCGUUGUUAGUUCUCCGUAUAUUUCGUCUCUUGCCCUGAUGACAACUAGUUUCAAGACAGCGCUUAAUGGAUACGUAUUUUGAUGUUGAAUGCAUGUAUUUAUUCUAUGUAAGGACAAAU